CCCUAGAAGCUUUUGUAAACCAUGGUAUUACCAGACCCCCGCUCGCAUUGGAAGGAGUGUCUACGUUAUUUCUUUCUAGCUAUUUGCCUGAUGCUACUCUUCUGUACCUGCUGUAGGAUCGUUGGGAGAAACUUUACGUGGCUAAGGACUCGGAGAAGACUUCCGAUCAGUGAGAACAACUCGGAUGAACCUUCAACACAGCUCCAGAGCACGGGUCUGGCUUCUGCUGUCGUACGUUCCCUACCAGCAAUUCCAUUCAGGAAGGGCAUCAAAGAAGGAGAUGGGCAUGAAAAUAAUAAAUGUGUCAUAUGCUUGCGUAAAUUCCAUGGAGGGGAAUGGUUGAGACUGCUACCAAACUGUGCUCAUCUCUUCCAUGUCCGCUGCAUUGAUACUUGGUUUCGAUCUCACUCAACUUGCCCGGUAUGCAGAACGAACGUCUUAUAUGAUUUUAAUGACUGGGACUCUUCUGUUUCAAUGGUGGACUCAUUGGAAACUCUACAAAGAGAGGAAAAGGCUCUUGGUUACCGACUUCUACAAUCACAUAUCAUGCGAAGCCCAGGAUGGGAGGUAUAUAUGAGUGGCCCUCUAUAUGAAACAGAAUCGGAUGAAUCAUUCCAGGGAUUCGUUUCACCGGUAGGAAGGCCGAGUAACCAACGACAAGCAGUGCAGAACCUGAUUAAGAUAGCUCCUAAUAACAAUGGCGAAUCCUCUUCAAGGGACCCGGGCUCAAACAAUGAAGAUAAUGUAUAUGCUCCAGGCCCUCUUGCCUGAGUUGUGUAUAAAAAGCAGACUAUAGUAGUAGGUGUUUGAGGAGGAACGAUCGAGUAGGAAGUAUGGCAAAAUCUUUUUCAAGUCUUUCAGAACUCAGUGGAAUC